AUGGCUGAUGGAAAUAUAACACCUGACGUUCUAGAACAUUUAUCUCAAAGAACUACACAGAACCAUAGAGAUGGUAUAUUUGGUGAAGAGUUUAGAAAGAAAGUUAGGGAGAGAGAAGGAAGAGAACCUAUUGUACAUGACCUUGCAAACGAAAGUUUACAAAAUGUCAUAAAAACUUACUUUGCAGACAAUGAACCGAGAAGGGAUGAAUAUUUAAGAAAACUCAAAUGGACAGUACCAAAUGAAAUGUUAGUAUUGAAAAACAUGUUCCUUGACAAAAUAAAACCAACUACAGAAAUAAAUGACGCAAGACUGAAACAUUGGGUAAAAGCUUUCCCAUUCACAAAAGAUAUUAUUGGUAACAUGGAAAGAAAACCAGAAUGGCUACAAAAACAUAUAUUUGGAAACGAGCUUAUUCCAUAUGGACAAGCUCUGUUUGAAGAGCUUGAACCGGAAACUCAGGAAAGAGUCAUGCAAACAAUACGCGAAGACUCAAAUACAAACUAUGACAAAAUCUUUCUAGGAUAUAGGUUACCUGAGAUGGGCGACCAGAGCCCAAAGGCAAAAAGGACAUGGGAAAUUUACAACAUACUAGGUGAACAUGAGGCAAAGAUGCAACAACUUGAAGCAGAGGGCAAGUUACCAAAAGCGACACCAAAGAAGAAGAGUAGAACAAAGUGA